GGGAUAUUUGUGGGAUGGGCCGGUGGUGUAAGCGACGACGCCAGAGAGUGAGGUGAAGAGGAGAAGUAGGAGUGUCUCGGCUUUAGCGCAUCUUUGCUGGGGACGUUAGCGUUGCUUGUGGCGCGGCGUCGGAGCUUUGGCACGGUGCAAUGCGAUUGGAAACAAUGAAGCAAACACCAAGUAGCCCUGUUAACAUUGCCAUGCAGGAUAGCUUUGGCUGCGCAGUGGAAAACCGCUUUCAGCAGCUUCUAGAUGACGAGUCUGAUCCUUUAGACUUUCUGUAUCAAUCUGCUGUGGAGGUUACCCAUCGUAAAAAGAAAGAGGAAGGGGCUGCAAAGAAAAAUGCUAACCAAAAAUCAGGAAAAAAGGAAUCUCAAAAAGACAGGAAGGCUGUCGUUGUUGGAGGGAGCACUGAUGUUAAAGUGACUCAACAAACAGGGCAGAAGCGUGCACCAAAGAAUACGGAAAAAGUUACUCAAAACGAAAAUGUUGACUCGCAAGUUAAAGUUGACCGUACCGAACGAAGAACUGCCUUCAGGGAAGUUCGUCCCAAUAUUAUGGAUAGAUCGGCUGAGUACAGUAUUGAAAAACCAAUGGAAAUCAUGGACCAAGAUAAACAAAUGAGAAACUAUGGUGGAAGAGGAGGCAUGCGAGGCAGAGGAAGAGGUGGCUUUCCAAGGAAUACUGAGAGUGAUAAUUUAAGAGGAAAGCGUGAGUUUGACAGACAUAGUGGCAGUGAUCGAGCAAUGAGACCGGAAGACAAGAGGGGUGGAAGUGGACCUCGCAACUGGGGCUCUAUAAAAGAAGCUUUCAGUGAAAUUGAAGCAGUUCCAGUGGAAGAGCAAGUUGAGACUACUGAAACAGAAGCAACAGAGGAACAUGGCAAAGUUUCUGAAGAAACAAAUGAUGAUGGAUUUUCUCAAGAAAUGUCCCUUGAUGAGUGGAAAUUGCUCCAGGAUCAGAACAGGUCAAAGACCGAACUGAACUUGCGUAAACCAGAAACCUCUGUGCCAUCCAAAGCUGUGGUAAUCCAUAAAUCGAAAUAUAAAAAUAAUAUAAGUGAAAACGAAGAGGAAUCUCAGUAUUGCUUCAGAAAGCCUGUCAACGAUAUCACUGCUCAGUUGGAUAUUAACUUUGGAAGCCUGGCCCGCCCGAGUCGUGGGAGAGGAGGAGGAGGACGUGGACGCGUAAGAAGAGAAGAAGCCUUCCCACAUGAUGUCAUUAAUGUUCUUGCCGAUGCCCCAAAUCCAGAUGAUCCUGAAGACUUUCCUGCUUUGGCUUAACUGAAUAUUCUUCAGCUGUGUGUUGCAUUUUGAAAAGGCCGAAUUCCGAAUGGCAAAGUUUUGAAGAUGGUGAGGGGUGGAGGAACUAAUUCAACAUGAUUGCACUUGAUGUGAAAAGACUUCAAUGGGGAAAAAAAAUGUAAAAAUGAGCACUUUAAUUGCUAGAUUGUAGCAAUGAUAAUAAAGAGCCUCCUUUCUUAAGCCACAUAAACUGUACAAUGGUCAUAUGUUAACUCCCCCUUACUGAGGGGUGAAAUGCAUUCAUGCCAUGGAAGCUUAUGCACCAUACAGGAAUAUGCUGUGCUGAUUAUUGCAAUCCUUGUAUAUAAAAAUUAGCCUUCCCUACGUCAUUGUAUAACCCUUUUUUUGCAGUGGUAUAUGGCAUUUUGAAAUGUUACAAAUAAAUCCAAUAAAGUUGCUUACAGUGCAAAAAGAAA